UUUCCCUUGUGUGUCACAUUAGUUUCAGUCCGACUCUGAACAACAUCCUCACAUGUGAGAGAAGCAGCAGCAGAGACUGCAGAUGUUUUCCUCUCUCAAAGAUAAAGUCGGUCAGGUUUUGUUACCGGGAGAUGAAUUCUCCUUUCAGGCCGACGACACCAUCUCUCUGUCGGGUCCCGUGAAGCCGGAGAAGAUGGUGUGUGGUCCGGGUCUGAGGCGGAGCGGAGACCGGCUGCUGGUGUGUAAAAGCGGAGUCCUCCGACACAAACCCCCCAACAUGUUCUGGAUGGACUCCCAGCAGAGGAGGGUAAACUCUCUUUACACUGUAAACAUACACGUAUUAAUAUUCAUGUCUGCUCGGUGUUCAUGUCUCUCUACAAAUGUUUAGCGUGUAGGGGCGGCAUGCGGAACUCCAUUUAGAAAACCUGACAUUUAAGGUUUUUAUCUCCUUUACUAAUGUACGAACAAUGCGUCACAGUUUUUGGACUUAAGUCACAUUAAUACACCACCUUAUUGAUUACGGCUCUAAGAAAAUGUUCUCAAGCUGCUUUUUGUGCCUUUAAAGCUAAACUUUACUCUCUCAGUCUGCCGUUAUCUUCUCUGUCCGCUGGAGGGCGCCAAGCUUUACAGCAGCGAGUAAAAGUUCCGAUUAUUGAGUGAAAAAGUUCCUCAGGUGAUGGAGACACUCCCCGAAUUAUUCACAAAACACCAAACAUUUAUCACAUUUGUGUUUUUAUUGUUUUUAAAUCAAGUGUCAUUGAGAUUUAUACUUUAUUCUUAAACUGAACAAAGUGUAAAUGGAGUUCAGCAGUGAAUCGCUUGUAUCGUGAUAUAUGUAAAAAGUUAGGACACGAGGAUCCUAAAAGGGGACAUUCCUGGUAAGUACAGGUGUAGCAGCAGUGCAUCCUGGGAUCUGAGUGUGUCUCUGUCCUCAGUAUGUCCCUGUUAAAGGAGAGACGGUCAUCGGCAUCGUGACGGUAAAAUCAGGAGACGUCUUCAAGGUGGACUUUGGAGGGAGUGAGCAGGCGUCUCUGUCCUACCUGGCAUUCGAAGGAGCCACCAAGAGGAACCGGCCCAACGUCCAGGUAGGACUCUGAGGACAGGAAGUCCAGGUGAGACACCGCUCCUGCCUGUUUACCUGACCCACCCCCCUCUGUGUGGUGUACCUGUGCAGGUGGGGGACCUGGUCUUUGCUCAGUUCUUGGUGGCCAAUAAGGACAUGGAGCCCGAGCUGGUCUGUGUGGACAGCGUGGGACGGGCCAAUGGGAUGGGUGUGUUUGGAUCAGGAGGUCUGCUCUUCACCGUGUCUCUGGGACUCGUCAGGAGGUCCGCACAUCCUCAGACUCUCAUGCCCCCCCCCCUCUGUCCCUCUCAGACUGUAAUAACCCCCCCUCUCUGCCCCCCCCCCAGGCUCCUGGCCCCCCACAGUGACGUCCUGCAGGACCUGCAGCAGCUCUUCCCCUGUGAGCUGGUGGUGGGGAUGAACGGCCGUCUGUGGGUCAAGUCCUCCAGCCUUCAGCGGACCCUCGUCAUCGCCAACCUGCUGCAGAGCUGUGACACCAUGACGGCCCCCCAGAGACAGACGCUGUUCAGGAGGGUGGCACAGGGGGCGCUGUAGACCCCGUCAGACCCUGUCAGACUGAAAACCACACCUGCAGCUGGACGGUCCGAUCCACCGCUGAGUGAACGUGGAUUCUGUAAAAACUGAUCCUGGAUCAGAGUUUGAAAUCAUAAAUUAUAGAUUUCUAGUUUUUUUUACUCUUCAUAGUUAAUGAUGAAUCUGAUGAACGUUCGGACCUUUAUCUGCUGUUUGGUUUGGAUUCAUUAAAGGGACAUUCUGCUGUUUUCACACUCAAACUGUGUUUCUUUAAAGUGUUUGUACUUUUGUAUAAAACAAAUAAACUUUUUCAUUAAAGGUGGAGAAAACAGGAAUCUGUUAAAGAAGCA